AUGGCUAUCUAUGUGCCUAGAAUUAUGCAUGCCAAGCAGAUUCUUCGUCAGUCGAAACUGUUUGCAAAUCAAACCUCCUCCACCUCAACAGAUGUUUCCAAAGGAUACUUUGCAGUCCAUGUUGUGGAAAGCCAAAAAAAGCGAUUUGUAGUUCCAAUUUCAUUAAAUCUGCCUUCAUUUCAGAAGUUGUUAAGUAGAGCUGAGGAAGAACUCGGAUUCAACCAUCCAAUGAGUGGUCUUAAAAUUCCACGCAGUGACGAGUACUUCAUCUGUUUAACUGCAUUAUUAAACUGUUCAUAGUUGCUUGCAGCACA